UUGAGCCGGUGCCAAGCCGGCGCAGCUCUUGCACCUCAACCACCACAAGCACCCAGCCAACAUGACUGCGCAGUCCGCCUCCUCGUCGGCGCUGUUCCUCGGGCUCGACUGCUCGACGCAGUCGCUCAAGGCCUCGCUGCUCUCCGCCUCGCUCGAGCUCGUGGCCGAGGCGGCCAUCAACUUUGAGGCGCACCUGCCGCACUUUGGCACGCGUGCCGGCGUGCACACGGCGCCGGGCGGCCAGGUGCACAGCCCAGCAGCGCUCCUGCUCGAGGCCUUCGACAUGCUCUUUGAGAAGAUCAAGGCGGAGCAGUGGAACCUGAGCGACGUGCGCGGCGUCAGCGCCAGCGGACAGCAACACGCUACAGUCUAUUGGACUCAUGGCUCCUCCGAUCUCCUGGCUGGCCUUGAUGCGAGCCAGCCGCUGGCCUCGCAGCUCCGCGCUGCCUUCUCGCGCGACGUGAUCCCGAACUGGCAAGAUGCCUCAUCCGGCAGCGAGUGCGCCGCCUUCGAGGCCGCUGUCGGCGGCGCAGAGGCGCUCGCACGCAUCACUGGCUCGUCCUCGCACACGCGCUUCAGUGGCCCGCAGAUCAUGCGCUUCCGCUCGAGCGAUCCGAAGGCCUGGGCGGCCACCGGGCACAUCGGCCUCGUGUCGAGUGCCCUCACGACGCUCCUGACGCAGGCGCACCAGGGCAUCGACGAGUCGGAUGCGUGCGGCAUGAACCUCUGGGACCUCUCGACGCCGCAGCGCGGCUGGAACGCUACGCUCCUUGAGACGACUGCUGGCAGCGCCGAUGAGGCGGCGCGCCUGGCCAAGAUGCUUGGCCCCGUCGAGAGCGACGCUGGCCGAGUCGUGGGCACCAUCGGCGCGUGGUUCGUGGAGCGGUACGGCUUCAGCAAGGAGUGCAUCGUCUGCCCGGGCACGGGCGACAAUCCGGCGACGUUCCUCUCCUUUGCCUUGCCGCCGCAACACGCCGUGCUGAGCAUGGGCACGUCCGACACGGUGCUCACGUCAUCGGACGCCUACGUGCCGGACGUCAACACGCACACCUUCGUGCAUCCUGGUCUGUGCGCGCCGCCGAAUGCCGGCGAGCUUGAGGCGGGCCUGCGGAGAGAAGGCGACGGCCACGACGCCGCGGUGCGGUACAUGACCAUGCUGUGCUACAAGAACGGCAGUCUUGCGCGAGAAGCAGUGCGCGAUGAGCUUGGCGGUGGCUGGGCCGAGUUCGACAAGGCCGUGCUCGACGCCCGCGAAGCCGCCGCCGGCGUGCCGAAGCGGGCAGCGUGGUACUGGCGCAUGCCCGAGAUUAUUCCGAAGGGCGCCCACGGUACGGUGCGCUACGAGCUUGCGGCACACGGCGAGGCGUCGCGCGUCGAGUCGUUCCCCGACAGCAUCGACGCACUCGCCAUCCUCGAGCAGCAGUUCCUGUCCUACCGCUUCCGCACCGCCCAGAUCAGUGCGCCCGGCACGCCGGCAGCCUCUGUGCCGCCGCUGCUCGCCGUGCAUGCCGUCGGCGGCGCCUCGAACAACGCCGCCAUCCGCACCGUCGCCGCCGACGCGCUCGGAGCGCCGAUCCUGCGUGCAAAGCAGGCCGGCAACGCGUGCUCGAUGGGCGCUGCAUACAAGGCCUGCUGGGCCUGGACGCGGCACUCGCAGCAACGCUGGGUGCCGUUCGACACCUGUGUGCGCGAGGCUCGCGCGCAGGAGGACUACGAGGUUGUGGCGCGCCCGGAGGAGCGGCAUGCCAAGCGGUACACGGCGGCGCUCGAGGCCUGGGCCGAGCUUGAGAAGCGCGCUGUGCAAGAGGCGAAGGCGUAAUGUGCGGCGAGCUGAGCGCAGAGAGAGGCAAGUGUGCCCAUGCGAGGGCCUGUCUGGUCGGAUGGAGGUGCUUGUAUACUGUCUGCAAAAU